AUGUCACUUUACAUUACGCAUGAUUUACGUUUACGUGUUAACCCAUGGAAUAUCUGCGGUCUUUUCCCCCAACCUCCACGGAGGGCUGUAUGGAUACGCUAUAUAAAGCGUCGCGACGCUGACAGAACGUCAGAAAUUCAACAUACCUCAACUGAGUCGAGAGAUAAAUCUAGAUCAAGGUCCAUCAACGGAAUCAGAUACAGAAGGACAUUUGAGUUGGAACGAUCAAUGGACUAUCUUCGCUACCCUCCUCUCGGCAAUUGCCAGUCAAUCCAGCCAUCGAAUCCCACAAUCAGACCCUCACACACAAUAAAUGUCACCACAAAAUUCUCGGAGUUAGUUGAAUGUUCAAUGUGGCUCAGUUUUUCUCUGCUCGCGACUCUAAUAAACGUAGGAGUAUCGUUAAGCGAAUCUGCGGAGUACGAGCAAAACGAGCUGUUAUCACCUUCGACAUUUAAUUUAGUUUAG